AUGAAAAGUAAGGCUUUGACUCCGCUUCGACUUGCUUUUUUCGGCUCGGACGCCUUCUCAGUAACCUCUUUAGCGCGAUUAAAUGCUCUAAGGCUCGAAAACCCGGAGUUAAUUGCACAAUUGGACGUCAUCACCAGAUCCAUCAAACCUACAGGAAGAAACUUGAAAACCUUCGUGGAUGUGCCCGUGGGACAAUUUGCUUCGUCUCAAAAUCUUCCAGUGUGGCGAGCAGAUUCGGGGAAAGAUAUCUUGAACAUCUCGUCUCGUUAUGACUUAGCUGUAGCCGUUUCCUAUGGUAGACUUAUACCCGGAGAAUUUCUAUCUAGAACAACCUUUGGAGGUAUCAAUGUGCAUCCAUCACUUCUUCCACAAUACAGUGGAAGCUCGCCCAUUCAGUAUGCACUUAUGGACGAUCAAAAAACUACCGGUGUCACGGUGCAGACACUCCAUCCGACCAAGUUUGACCAUGGAGCUAUAAUCGAGCAAUCUGGACCAAUUGUCAUUGAAGAAAAAGACAAUUUCCUGCUGCUUCUGCAGAGGUUGGCUGGAGUGGGUGCAGAUUUGUUGGAGAAUGUCAUUGUUUCCAGGAAAUACAUUGAUCCGCUCGAGGUGAAAUCUUCUCAACAUUACUCUUUAGCAUCCAAAAUCUCACCCAAGAAGUACCAGAUAGAUUGGCAAAAACAGACAUCCAGACAAAUUCGAAGAACCUCUGACGCUUUGGGGGCGCUACAUACCUACAAAAUGGUGGAUAUUGUGAAGAAAAAGAAGCGUGUACAUGAAUUGUAUAAGGUGAUCUUGGAAGAUAUCCGUGAAGUCAAUAUUCCAACUUACCUCGCCCUGCCGGGUCAGUUUGAGCUAGGAGACCGCAAAAUGUUGAUCAAAACUUUGGACGGCGUGGUCUCCGUCGGAAAACUCAAGUUCCAGUAUUGUGGGUUUGAGAGCCCAGAGACAUUCAUGAAACUCUUACCGAAAAGAGCAGGAGACACGGGCCUAUUCUUUGAGCUGCAAGAUUAA